AGAUUUCGCAGCUAACUAUUAGUCCGAUUUAACUACCAAUCAAGCCAUUUGCCAAAGCAAAUAUCCAUCCACUUAUUAUGCAAUAGCAUCUUGAAUGUGCAUUAGGAAUCUUACAAUACAUUGUCUGUAAAACAAAAUGGAAAAAACUUCUUUCAGUCACGAUACAAACAAAGUUUUCCUCAUUGCAGGAAUGCAAUGGGGAGAUGAAGGCAAAGGAAAAGCAGUGGUCACCUUUUCCGAAAAAGUGGAUAUUGUUGCAAAGUACAACGGUGGACAUAAUGCUGGUCAUGAAAUCAUCCUUAAUGGACAACAAUACAAGCUACAUCUUAUCCCAGGUGGUGUGAUGCAUCCACAUGUGAUCAAUGUAUUGGGUCACGGCAUGGUCAUCCAUCUUGAAAGCUUGUUGAAGGAAAUGGAAAUCCUUACUCAGCAUGGAAUCGAAGUGCUAGAAAGAUUAAGGAUAUCAGACCGUGCCCAUAUUCUUUUGAACGCACAUGUAGAUAUUGACCGUAAGAUGGAACACCGUAGGAUGUCAGGCGGUGGUAAAAUCGGAACCACCCUUCGUGGUAUUGGCCCAUGUUACUCAACCAAGUCUGCUAGAACUGGUAUUAGGAUGGGUGACUUGUUACAUUGGGAACACUUCAGCAAGAAAGUCAGGGACUUUUACAAAAUCCAUUGCGACUUUGAAAAUUUUGAGGAACUUGCCCAAGAAGAGGUUGAGAAUCACAAGAAGCUCUACGACAUAUUUGCCAAGUGCAUAUGUGACACGGGAUACUUUAUGAGCGAAUCAAUCAAAGCAGGCAAAAAGAUUCUGCUUGAGGGAUCUAACGGUUCGCUACUCGAUAUUGAUAUGGGUACCUACCCCUUCGUGACUUCAUCUACUACCCUGGCAUGUGGAGCUUACCUAGGUCUUGGAGUUCCAUUAAAUGCGCCCAUAUACCGUAUUGGUAUAUUGAAAUGCUACCAAACCCGUGUUGGUAUGGGUCCUUUCCCAACUGAGUUCUUCGAUGAUAAUUAUACACACAUCCAAAAGGAUGGAACUGAAAUUGGAGUAUCUACGGCAAGGGUGCGCAGGUGCGGAUGGCUUGACUUAGUGGCUGCGAGGUACAUCCAACGUCUUAACUGCUUCAACUCUAUCUACUUCACCAAGAUGGAUGUAUUGACAGGACUUAAGGAAAUUAAAAUCUGCAUCGACUAUCGCAACAAAGUUGAUGGAACCAUUUUGGAGAGGGGACGCUUCCCAUCUACCAUCGCUAGCCUGGAAGAAUACGAACCAGUGUACCAAUCAUUCGCCGGCUGGGACCAGGAUAUCUCCCAAAUUAGCGAAUACAAUGAACUACCUGAAACCGCACGUAAAUACAUCGAAUUCGUGGAAAAGGAAGUCGGGGCUCACUUCCAAUGGGUGGGUGUCGGUCAAGAUGUAAAGAGCAUUAUUGUGAGAAGUUAGCUACAACGUGUCCAAGAUUUCAUUUAUUUUCG